AAGUAAUGUUUUUCGUGUGUGUGUGUAUGUGGGGGGAAAAUUGUAAUAAUAUAUGAACGUAAGAAAAACGCUGGAAAUGGAAAACUAAAAGUAAAUUUCGAAACAUCAGCAGCAGCAGCAGAAGCAGCGGCGGCAGCGCAAAUAUGCAGCUGUGUGUGCGCGUAUGUGUGUAAAUUAUUAACAGUUAGGCUGCGCAAAUCAAAAGCAAAAGCAAACGAAGAAGAAAAUAAACAGCAGCAAAUAAAAAAAAAAGUGAACAACAUUCAAUGUGCCAUCAUUUUCAACACAACAACAACAACAACAACAACAACUACUAUAAUUAAGCAAAAGGAGCAGCUUUAAAAAAUAUACAUAAAUAAAUACAUAUACACACACGUAAUUGUAAGCGUUAUUAUAUACAGUAUUAGCAACAAAAACAACCAACCACAACUACACAACUACAGAGGAAAAAAGAAGAACAUAAAAAUGUCCUGCAUAUCGAGCAAUUUUAGCUCAUUCUUUCUCAACUCCUUGAACGAUCCUUCAGAGUUUUCCAAGUACUUGAGCAAUGGCGAGCUGAAAUGCACAAAUUUCGAGGAAUUUCAAGUAUUUGCUCAGUCAACGCAACAGCAGCAGCAGCAACAACAACAACAACAGCCACAAUCACAGUAUUCAUGCACAAAUGGCGUCGGCAGCGCUGAGCUUCUUGACUAUGAGGCAGCGACGUCGCAGUCGCAGCGUGAAGCUGCCGAAACGCCGGCAGUGUCAAGCAUCACAGCGUUGCCAAACAAUCGCUGGCCCACAGCGGUGGCAACGCCAAACGGCCACGCGCCAGCCUCUGCCGCUGCAGCCGCCGCUGCGGCUGCGGCUGCCGCGACCGCUCAACAUUUCGAUGGUUCCUUUGAGUUUAUAAAAUAUCUGCGCCACUCCACGGACUUUACGCCAAACAGCAGCAGCAGCACCAGCAGCAGCGGCGCCUGCGCGGACAAGGCAGGCAGCAAAUUGACCGCAGCCGGCGCAGCGGGCAGAAUCACACCACCGCCGCUGGCCGCGUCGCCGGUGGGCGGCAGCGGGUGCGGCGUCGGCCUUCUGGAUCUGGACUCGACGAGCAUCACGCAAAAGUCGCGGUCGGCGUCGCGCAAAGUCGCCGCGCUGCUGUCUUCCGUUUCGCGCUCUUCCAACAGCCUGGACGCCAGCUCCUCGACGCUGGACGCCGUCUUCGAUCACGAUUCGAAGCAAACGAUCUUCGAGCUGCAGCAUCUGACGAGCGCUUCGAACGGCUCAAAUGCCUCCAAUUCGAAUGAGUCGUCGCUGGAGCUGCUCGCCUUUCCCAGCUCCCAUCUGAAUGCCUCCAAUUCGAACACCUCGUCCGAGGAGCAUUGCGGCAGUGCUGCUGAAUUUGGUGGCCUGUUGGGCGGAGCCAGUUGCUCCAGCGCCUCCUCGGCAGCUGGCGGUGCGCCCAAGCUAUUGGGCAGCUUUGUGAUCAAGGAGAACUUCGAGGUGCAUCCCUCGCACAAGGUGGAGGAGGGCAUCUUCCAGCACAUGAACAAGCUGCCCUCAAAGAAGAAGGACACGCUCAAGCAGCUGGGCGUUCGAUUCACGGGUCAAAUGACAUUGACGGACAAAUCGAUUGUUGUCGAAAACUUCAUCAAAUUUUGUGAGGAAUACGAUAUUAAGGAUCAUCGGCCGUGGUUAUCCUUAAACCAGUGUGGCCUCAACAAGCCCGAACAAAUCAAAUUCGCGCGCUAUUUGGGCCAAGGAUUGCCAACGUUUACGCUCUUCUGCAUUUAUAGCAAUUUUAAGAAUCUGUUUUGCACCAAACGCACAGAAAUCUAUACCAAGGAUGGCUACAAUCUGCCUUAUAUACUCGAUAAGACCAAGCGCUUCCUGGCCAAUACAACAGCUGACCUCAAGAAUAUGGCGGCCGCAAAUGACGGUACGCUCGAGUUUGCCAGCAAUAGCAGCAGCAGCAGCAAUAGCAACAAUAACAACAACAGCAGCAGCAGCAGCGUUAACAGCAACAGCAGCAACAACGGUAACAGCGCCAACACAGUUAACAGCUACGUAACAGCAGCGGCCACUGCUCAACCCCUGGACACACGCUAUGGCUGUGUGGCGCCUGCGUCGCUGCCCCUGUUGCCGCCACCGUCACUGCCGCCGCUGGGACCGCCGCCGCGUUCACUCGAACAGCUCAUCAUCUAUGAGAAUUUCAAUGUGCACGAGACGCAUCGCAUCGAAGAUGGCGUCUGCACGCACAUCAGCCGCCUGCCGCCCAAGAAGCAGGAGCUAUUGAAACAGUUCGGUAUACAGAGUAGUAGCCAGCAAUGUCUGAGCAAUUAUGAAAAGUGCAUACUCAUCGAGAACUUCAUCAAGUUUUGCAAUGAAUAUCAGAUAUCCGAUCAUCGACCCUUUUUGGACUUCCACGAGAGCGCUUUAUCCAAAUGUGAACAACUUAAAUUUGUACGAUAUCUGGGCCAGGGGCUAUCCAAUCUGACGCUGAACAAGAUCUAUGUGGCAUUCAAGGAGUUGCUGGGCAACGGACGACCCGACAAAGCUGGUCCGGACAGUUACAAUUUGGACGUACUCUUGAAGAAGAAGCGCAAGAAUCUCUACAAUCGCCUGCAUGCGGCUGCAACAAGUGUCGAUUUAACAAAGUACGAUACCGCGCCGCCAUCGUCACAGGCGGCUAAUUCUUUGGUAACACAAACGCCACGCCCACAGCACGCCUUCGCCGCACUGACAGCAGCUACGCAGCAGAGCGAUGCGUGCAGCGAACUGACGACGCAAUACAGUUAUGUGCCACGGUAAAAGCUAUCCUUAGCGCCUGCGCUGGCGUUGCAAAGCUACAACAACAAACACACCAAAUAUACACAUACACACGCAUACAUAUUACAUAUACUUCCUGGAACUGGACCAGUAACUGUUGUGUCUUCAAAACGAAAAAGAAACAAAAAGAAAAACAAAAACAAAAUUAUACGCAAAAUGUGGAAAUUGUUAAGCGAAAUGAUGCUAAGUAAAUUAUUGAAAACUAAGUGCUAAAUUAUAAAGAGAAUACAAGAAAUUAGUAAAAAUUAGUAUAACAAAUUUAAAGAAAUUACCAUCAUAACGGUAAUGAGAAUACAAUUCCAAUUAGACAUAAAACGGAAACUCCAACAAGAAUAGUUUUUUAUGCCAAACCUUGGCAUUAUCUCGAUUCUAUAAAUUUGUAGUUCGUGCUUCGGUUUCCAAAUUCUUUCAUUUUUGUUUUCCAAAAGGUUAACAAACAUAUAUAUAUAUAUAUAUACAGUAUAUAGAGUUAAGCUAGAUUUUAAGUGCAACACCAAAAUUCAAAAAAUAAAUCAAAGACCUCCCAAGAAAGUUCCCUAAUAUGCAUAUACACAUCAACUAUAGCAUAUAGUUUGUAAGUUGAGCGAAGAAAAGUUUACAAUUAAAUUAGCAACACGAAGAGACGCACGCACAACAAAACAGAACAGAACAGAACAUAACACUGAAGUAACAGUAGAGCAAACAUAAAAGAUUAACAAAACAAUUAUUCCUAUAUACAAUACUUAUAUACAACAAACAAUAUAGAUACAUAAAAGAUUUAAAACGGAAACGCAAAAAUCAAAUACCAAGCAUAGCAAUUGUAAAAAUAUAUAUAAAAAUAACAUAAACAAAUAUAUUAUAUACUAAACCGCCAAGACUCUUGCUUUGUUCUUUUAUUUAACUGUACGGAAACUUUUUAUUAUCGAUUCAAAAUUGAGUUCUUUCUCACGAAUAUUAACUUGCAGCAAUUUGGAGGCAUUUGGGGGGUACAAAAGAAGUAAAAUACAAUACAAGGCAGUUUAUAUGGGCGACUUAACUAACACACACA